UUCCACAUCAUGCAGUUCUCAGUCCGCGCCGACCCUCCGCCAAGACCGCCACCUCGAAUAACGGCGUGUACAUACAUAGUGAAAUCUGGCGUGGCGUUCCCGUAGAGUUUCUCGCGAAUUGAUCGCGGCCGAAGGCGGUGAGGGAAACAUGAGUGUAGCCUUCGUGGGGCAUUCGCAAGUCGUCUGGUGACGCGACCGCACGCGGCGUAACAGUAGGGUAGUAGUCACUAUGCUGCAGUGUCUAGUCGUAGCCCGGGCUCAGUAUUACGUAGAUGGAUUUUGUAAAUAAAUUUCAAGUGCAGGGAUAACGUGUGUAUACACAUUUACAAAAAUAACAUUAUUAUUAAUAAUCCAUUUGUACAAAUUUUCGCUCGAGUACCUUCAAUCCUAAUUUUAGAUCUUUCAAUAUGUGAUACUAAGUGAAUCUAGUCGUCGUCGUCGUUGUUGUUGUUGUGUAGUUUUUUUUAAUAUUAAGCGUCUCUAUGUCAUCAUAGCAAAAAAAUCAUCUUUUCAUUGAGUGAAACGUUUUGGAGAAAGAAAGAAAGAAAAAGAAAAAAAAAAUCUGUGCGUAUCAGCGGGAAUGUCAAAGUGCGCCCCCUUACCAAGUGAUAGUGUUGCGUUCAAGUGUGCGUAUCGUUACGUUCUUGAGAUGCUCCCGUCCCUCUUCCCCUAGAAGUUGACUUUCACCCAUGUUUCCAUUUUUGAUUCCCCACAUGGUUACGUCAGGCGUCAGAAUGGCCAUGUCCCCCCAACAGUUUUGCCUGAGGUGGAACAACCACCAGUCCAAUAUCAUCUCGGUGUUCGAACAGCUCCUUCAGAACGAGUCCUUCGUCGACGUGACCUUAGCCGUCGAAGGAAUGAUGCUGAAGGCCCACAAGGUUGUCCUCUCGGCCUGCAGCCCUUACUUCCAGGCUGUCUUGGCGUCUCACCCAGACAAACACCCGAUCGUCAUCCUGAAGGACGUGAGGUACACAGACAUGAGAGACCUCCUGGACUUCAUGUACCGCGGGGAGGUGAGCGUCGACCAGGACAACCUCUCUGGCUUCCUCCGGGUGGCGGAGUCCCUCCGCAUCAAGGGCCUGACGGAGGUCAACGAGAAGAAGCGACUCGAGAACUCCUCCACUGCCUACCUCAUGCCCCAAGCCAUGACGGGCGCCGCGCCCCCGGGAGUGGCGCCGGGCGUCGUUCCCACGGCGCCCCUCACGCCGCUGGCCGGCGACCCCCCGCCCCUCAAAAGGCCGCCCCUCUCGCCCUCCGCCUGCUACGGUGCCAAAAGACGGCGCGGCAGACCGCCCAAGAUUUCGGGCGAGGAGUCGGAGGGUGAGGUAGGAUCGGUGGCGGGGUCGGUCUCCGCCGCCGACGGGGAGGACACGCGCAGUGAGGCCGAGGUCAAGGUCGAGGCCGAGGAGGUCAAAGAAUGCCCUGAACCCGACGAUCAGGCCAAGGAGCCCGAUACCAAGAGUGGGGAAUCAACUCCAGGACCAUCGGGUGAAAGUCAAGGAAAAGAGGCGACGAGGUUGCCCCAAGAAGAACAGGAAAACACGAGGGAUUCGCCCGGUUCAGGACAUGUUCCGGAGUGGACGACCCCCCACGAGUACGACCCGGACGACCACCACGCCGUCGCCGCCGCCGCCGCCGCCGCUGCAGCGGCCAUGCACACCGCCAUCAAGAGCAACUCCCAGCCGCCCCCUUUACCUCACCCGCCGCCCACCACCGACAUGGACCAGCUGUACUACACCAAGAACCUGCUGGAGGCGGCCAUGCUCAAGAAUCCCUACGAAGCCCUGAAGAACGACAAGCACCUGCACGGCUCCAUCCUGCUGGCCUCCCUGAGGGCGCCUCUCAAGUUCGGCCUCCACGGCGUCUACGAGCGGGAGGGCGGAGGAGGAGACCGCGACCACGUCGUCGACUCUUCGCCACACUCCCCACUGACGUCCUCGCCGCAGAAGCCGACUCAAUCCUCCCCGACGUCCAUCUCCCCGAGUAGCGGGAGUGAGAGAGAGAGAGGUGGAGAAGGAGGGGGGCGCGGAGGAGGGGGCAGCGGGGGAAACAACAAGGUGUCGGUGCCCAUCAUGAGCUACUGCAUCCAAGACAACGGUUUCAAGUGCUCCAAGUGCUUCCAGACAUUCACGCACCCGUCCAACUUCCACCGACACUACAUCACGGUCCACACGGACCGCCGGGCCCACAAGUGCCAUGUCUGCGGCAAAGAGUUCAAACGCAAGGACAACAUGAUGUCCCACAUCCGGUCCGUGCACCGGCCCGGCAAGGAGGGUCACACCAUCUUCAGGGACGUCUCCUCCGUGUCGCCCAGCCUGCCUAGGGAGGUCCCCCACUUGCAAGAACAACUCAUGCAACAGAUGCAGCAAGUUGACAAAGUCUAGAAUAAAAGAAAUAAAUAAAAAUGAGCUUCCAGGUGUGGUGAUGAUCUCUUCUAGUUUUAGAUCUUAUUUUUCUCUCUGUCAAAUGAAGAAGAAGAAGAAGAAGAAAAAGGAGAAAGAGAGGGAGAAGAAGAAGAAGAAGAAGCGUCUCUAUGGCCUUACUGUCUGAUUGACUGAGACGAUCGCAGCUCACAUAUAUAUAUAUAUAAAACUGGAAAUACAAAUUCCAGGAUUGAAAGAAUUUAACUGGAAAUACAAAUUCCAGGAUUGAAAGAAUUUGGCGCGGUCUGUCCAGGAAUCAGAUCGACCAGUCGAGCAGGUAUAUAUCGGUCCGCGCGACCACAAUCUCAUUCUAAUGUGCAAUGUUGUAUUUAAUGUCUUGCAAGCGAGAGAGAAAGAGAGAGAGAGAGAGCCUCUCUCUCUCUAUAUAUAUAUAUAUUAGAGACCCUUUUACCUAUAUGAUGAAUACCUGAUGCGGUGACAAAUCCCCCAAAAUGCUGUAUUCUGUGAUGAAUUGCAUAUCCCUGCCUCCGGGGGGCAGCUUCCAGUGAACCCCCUGUGCAGAGAGGGUCCCGAGCCCCUCUGCAAAAAUCUACGUAUGUCUCGUGUGUGUGUGUGUGUGUGUGUUUGUGUGUGCGUGUGAGCGAGAGAGGCCUUAUUUAUCUGUGCCUUUAAGCAGCCGAGAAAAGGCAGAAGAAGUGAACGUUCCUCGCGAGGGAUAACAUUGAUAACUGCCUGAGCUGAAGAACAACAACAAAAUGAAAAUACCACAGUUUGUUUUACCUUUUUACGUAUACUGGUUGUAUUGUGUUAGUGAUAUUGAUUAAUUAUUUAGCAGAAAGAAGUGCAAUAUAGUGCAUUAGUUUAUUUAUAGACAGGUUUCACCUUUAUCUAAGCAUGACAGUAACUUAAGGCGUAACAUUAUAAUAGACUACGACGUUUUGAUCAUGAUCUUCGGUUCGAAGAGCAACGGGAACCAACCAAGUGCUUAUCUCAAAAAGGAAAGAAAGAUUCAUUUUUUUUUAUUCUUAAUUUCUCUCUUUAUAGAGUCUGCAAAAACACUGCCAAGACUUCCGCAAUAAACGAAGUGCGUCUCUGUGUAUUCAUUCAAUUUGUUUUAUAUAUAUAACAAAUAUCCAAGUGAUAUAUAUAUAUAUGUCUCGCGCGUGCGAGAUUUUCCUCUCUGUCGGAGUUUAAAUGGAAAUAUUUUUUGAUGAUGAUGCCUUUUUUUCCCGAUUUCAGUACCUCUUUUUUUUUUAAAUAGAGACUGUUCGACAACAAUCUCCCGUAAGUCGUGAAAACGGAUCGAGUACGGAGUUUAAAUCCAUCUGCAAAUGCUAACAGAUGAUUCCGGUGGUUAUGCAAUAAUGCAAAUGCUGACUAAGAACGGACUAGAAUCAAUUUGAAAACGCUGGCUUCAAAACGUAAGCUUCUUCGUUAGCACGUGAUAAAAGAUGCAUUUAAAGUCUAUAUAAUAGUUUUUUUUUCGUGUAAAGUUAGUUUAUGGUUGUAUAUAGUUUUUAUUAUUUUUUCGUGUGAUUUUUUGUGUUGUGUUUUCGACCAAAGUUAGUGUGGUAAAUAGUUUUCUUUUUAUCUCUUCGGUCGUGCCAGACAAGUCAGAAUAAUAUAGCUUUAACGGGACAGUAAAUUUUUCACAGUUUGAAUACGUUGCUAAAUUUGAUUUUUAUCUCGAUUUAGGUUCAAAUCCAAAUUCGUAAGAGUUAAACUAUUUUGACUUCGGCAUGAGAAUGGCUUGAGGGUCCACCUCUGUAGUGUUUUGUAAUGUUUUCAUACGACAAUCUCGUCAGCGAGACUUAAGUCUCGUUAUUUGGUUUUUCACAACCUAACAAUAGGGAACUUCAAAAAAAGAUUCAUAUAUAGAAUUUCUCUCUUUAAUUUCUUUCAGAAAUGAUUAUUAUUAUUAUAUAAUCCUUUCCAUCAGCUGCUACGGAUUUUUUUCUUUAAAAAGAGACAAAUGUUUAUAUGCACUAAAAAGUUUAUCGUAAAAAAACGAACUAUGCAAAGCUAAUAACUGAAAGUAAUAAGAAAAAUUUUUUUAUGGAGAUUCGGGCACACAAAUAAUUCUAAGUGGCAAUCUGUAAUAUGGUUGAGUUUUUAAUUGUUAUAACAUAGGAUUCUGAAUGUUAGCGUCACUUGCUGUUUACUGUUAUUUUGUGCGGGAAUCGAACUCUAUGCAUGUUUAUAGGAGGCUUUAAAUGAGCUUAAAAAAAAGUUGUUUUUAUAAUUAUUGAAACCGCUGUAAAGAGAGUAGCUAUUACAGAGUAAUAUAUUGAAUAAUAUAUUCAACUUUAUUUAUUAAGUUAAAUAGAAAUUAAUAUAAUUAUUACACUUCGAGGGAAAGAGCAUCUUCGACAUUGUUUUAUUAUUAUAUAGAGGCUAUAAAUCUUUUAUUUAUUUGUGGUUCUGGAGGGUUAUUUCGAUCCUUUUUUUUGCCACACCAUGACAUUUAUAGAUAUAAUAUAUAUGUGUGUGCUUUGUGUGCACACAGUAUAGAUUUUAUAAAACACACAAGUAAUACACAUACAUUCAUAUAUAGGUUUUAUAAAACACACAAGUAUUACACAUACAUUCAUACAUACAUGUAUGUAGAUACAUCAUAUACACAUAUAUAUCACUGAACAAAACAUACAAAAUAACACAAAAAUUAAAACCAAUAUUUAUAGUAAACGACGAAACCGUGACAAAUGACUAUCAAUGAGCAACGGCUUGAAAAAAGAUCGAAAUAAACCGACAGCCCUUUAAAAAAAAAACCGUAAAUGAUUUUUUUUCUUCGUUUUUAAUAUUUAUAUAGAAAUAUAAUAACGAUCGUCUUCAAAGGUUGAUAUAGAAUAUUCGGGUAGCUAAUUCGCGUCAACCGUGUUUAUUUUUAAAAUAGUUUUUUUUUCUUCAGUCUACUACAUAGUGCUAUAUAUAGUCAUCGCCAAUAUAAUAAUAUAUAGACGCGCAUAUAUAUAUGUGCGAAUAGGGAUUUUUUUUUUUUU